GUUUAAUCCUCUGUUUCCUUUGGUCCACUUUAGGGUUUAUGAAGCUCUGAACAUUGAACCGCAAAAGCCCAUUAGACUGCUUCGUCUUCGACAGACGUUGCGCCAACUUUUCAAACUCUCUGUAACUUCGUAUUUUUCUAACUUUUUCCAAGCCUGGAAGAACACAGCAAACGGAAGUUCUUUUCUGGUUUUCUGUGAUGGAGUUGCAUGACGGGGAAAUUGAUAGCCAAAUUCAUCAGUCUUGUGUUACAACUUCGAUGACACCGGAUCUUCCUUUAACACUUGUUGACAAGCCAAAUAAGCGUAGAAGGAAGAAAUCUAUUGUUUGGGAUUAUUUCACUGUUCAAACGGUUGAAGAUGGAUGUAUCAGAGCCUAUUGUAACCAGUGCAAUAAAUCUUUUGCUUACAUUACUGGUUCAAAGUUAGCAGGCACCAGCCAUUUAAAGCGUCACAUUGCUUUGGGAAUUUGCCCUGUAAGCCGUGAGCGAAAUCAGUCUAAUAGUUCUCCUACCACCUUCACUAAUGGGAAUGCUGCCAAUCCACCUAGAAAACGCUAUAGAGCAACUCCUACAUUUGUGAGUAUUCCCUUUGAUCAGAAUCGCUGUAACCAUGAUAUUGCCAUAAUGAUUAUUAUGCAUGAGUAUCCACUUGACAUGGUAGAGCAGGCGGGUUUUAUUGAUUUUGUCCGAAGCCUUCAACCCCAGUUCAACAUGAUGAGCUACGCCACAGUACAAGAAGAAUGUACAUCCAUAUACCUUAGAGAAAAAGAAAGCCUCUUGAAUUUUGUGUGUGGAAUUCCCAGUCGAAUAAGUUUAUCAUUAGAUGUUUGGAUUUCGAGUGACACCACUUGCUAUGUCUUCUUGAAAGGACAUUUCAUUGACAAUAAUUGGAACUCACAUUGUCUGAUGCUAAAUGUUGUUAGAAUACCCUCUCUUAAGGAUGAUGCUCUAAAUCUGGCUGUCCUCACUUGCAUAUCUAAUUGGCGAUUGGAUGGACGCGUCUUUGCCUUCACAGUUGAUCAGUCCUUUUUAAGCGAUACCCUUGCUAGGAAUUUUAGAACGUUCUUAGUUGCUAAUGACCCAAAUUUCCUUAAUGGUCAGUUAUUGUUAGGAAAUUGCUUACCUCAGGUUCUUUGUCAGCUUGCACAGAGUGCACUGUCGUCAAUGAGUGAAGUUGUAUGGAAGAUUCGUGAAAGCGUGAAGUAUGUGAAAACCUCCUUUGUCCGAGAGGAGAAGUUCCUUGAGUUGAAGGGCCAACUUCAAGUACCCUGUACUAAGGAGCUUUCAAUUGAUAAUCAAACCAAAUGGGACACAACGUUUCAUAUGUUGACAGUAGCCUGUGAGUUGAAAGAAGUCUUUUCGUACUUGGAAGAAUCUGAUCCUAGUAAUGAACUAAGUAUAUCAACAGAUGAUUGGAAGGUUGCAGAAACUCUUUGCACAUAUUUGAAGUACUUUUUCGAUGUGGCUAACAUCUUAACUUCACCCUGUUAUCCAACUGCAAAUGUGUUCUUCCCAGAAGUAUCAAAAAUUCAAACAGAGCUUACUAAUGCAAGCAUGAGCCAGGAUCCACUUGUUCGUGACAUGACAAAGCCUUUGAAAGAUCAGUUUGAUAAAUAUUGGAACGAUAGUUGCUUAGUUUUAGCAAUGGCAGUGGUGAUGGAUCCAAGGUACAAAUUGAAGCUUGUUAAAUUUAUCUUCUCCAAAGUGUUUGUUCAGAAUGAAGAGGAUUGGACCAGGAUUGUUGACUAUGGUCUCCGUGAUCUUUUCCUCCAGUACACCAUGGAAACACUUACUCUAUCAGAGUCCUUUGGAGAAGACGGGAAUAUCGAUAUCUCCAUAAAUGAGACACAUCAGGAAGAACAUCAGGGAGAAAUAUAUCUUACAACAGGUGAUGGGCUCUCAGAUUUUGAUGUAUAUAUUUCUGAGAUCUCUGAAAACGAGCAAACAAAAUCGGAGUUAGAUCGUUAUUUGGAGGAGGAGUUAUUUCCCAAAUCACAAGAGUUCGACGUUUUGAGUUGGUGGAGACUAAACAGAUAUCGGUAUCCUACGCUGUCGAAAAUGGCCUAUGAUAUAUUGUCCAUGCCUGUGUCGACCGUUCCUCAUGACUCAGUUUUCGACACUGAAAUCCAAAGAAUUGAUAGCUACCGAAGGUCAUUGCCACCGGCAAUACUUGAGGCCCUCAUUUGCACCAGAGAUUGGUUACGGUAUGGAUCAUUACUAUCCCCAUCCCCAUCUACUGAGAUGUCUGAUGCCAUUGUGAAAAGGGAGAUUUAGGUUCUUGGAGUUUAGAUUUAGAUUUUUUAUUUAGAUAAAUGAUUUUUUGGGAUUAACAGGAAUUGCGUAGCAUCCUUACUUUCUGAUUUACUUUCAUAUAUAUAAU